UGGCGGAGCUUGGCCUCUGAAGAGAAGGCUUUGACGUUCAAUUGACACUUUUCCCCACGUGUUGGAUUGUUUAAACGUGAUAAGUUAUUAGUUUGUUAUCUUCAGAAUCCUUUCGCUAUUUUCAGUCUGAAGCGAAGCAUUUUCGAACCAAAAUGGAACGUGUAGAUGGUCUCCUUUUGAGUGGAGCCCAGCAACAGCAUCAAUACUUUAAUAGCAGUGAUCAUGCAACAUCAGCACACAAAGGCAUGGAUAUGGAUUAUAAUGCUGGUGUCAAUGUUCUAGACAGAGUACAGUUUGAAGCUGACAAACAGGCUGUGUAUAGGCACCCCUUAUUCCCUUUGCUUGCUCUUCUUCUGGAGAAAUGUGAGGAAGCCACGAGAGGAGAAGUUGACACAAGGGUUGUUCUCCAAGGCCUUGAAAAUGAUGUGAGAGCUUUUGUUCAACACGAAAGAGAUGGAAACAAGACUCUGAUGACCGACAAUGCUGAAGUUGAUGGACUGAUGCUUAAGGCUUUGCAGGUGUUGAGGAUACAUUUAUUAGAGCUAGAAAAAGUUCAAGAGCUUUGUCGAGAUUUCUGCCGAAGGUACAUUGCGUGCCUCAGAGGGAAGCUCCACAGUGAAAACUUGUUGAGGACUGAAGGGGAGAAUGGUGGCCUGGAUGGUGAUGAAGCAGGAUAUGACAGCAAUUGCAGUAACGGCAGUGGAAGUCACCCUUUCAAUCUGGAUGCAGUCGCAUCUUCAUAUGGCACUCAGUACAGGAGGAUUGAAAGCACAAAUCAGCCAAGCUCACGCCCAAGUCAAGUGUCGUACGUUCCGUCUUCUCUGUCUUCUGACGAAGAAGACGAUACAGUUGGUGGAAAUGCGAACCCUUCAACAAAAGUUAAGAGAGGAGUUUUGCCUCGGAAAGCAACUGCUGUGUUAAGAUCUUGGUUAUUUCAACAUUUGGUUCAUCCCUAUCCCACAGAAGAUGAAAAGAAACAGUUGGCUACCCAGACGAAACUAACGCUCUUGCAGGUAAACAACUGGUUCAUCAACGCCAGACGAAGAAUUUUGCAACCAAUGUUGGAUUCUGCACACGCUACGCAUAAUGGGCCAACAUCCCUUCAACCGGAUGUGGAUUUCGCCACGAAACGAACGCUUUUGUCUGGCACUGGAAGCAGCUCAGGUCCAGGAAGCGAUGGCGAAGAUGCCUUGAGCUAUGGUGAUUCCGACCAGUAAAAAAGAAAUGCAAUCCGACAACAUUUUGUUCUCAAAAGACAUUCUUCUCAACCGAGUAUUAAUUAUUGUUUUGCAGAUGCCAUAUUUGGCAUUUGCACAGUGUUCUUAAAACGCAGCAUCAAAGUUCCAAUUAGACUUUAUUCUCUUCCCCGUCCAGUUAAUUUGAACUGGUUCUGAGUGACGAGGUAGUCUGAGGAAGCCUUACAGUGAGAUGACAAACAAGUAAAUCAUGACCUUAUUAUAGUUAGUCGAAUUUUCAGUUCAAUAUUUUUUGCGACCAUCGAAGUCAUUUUAACUUUUCUCGUAAAAGUUGCACUCUUGGACAACUUUUUUUUUUGUCUUAUUUCAGUACCGAGGAUUGUAGUAGUUUUUCAAUCGAGUGCGGUUUCGGUACGCACAAAAGAGCUUGCAAUACCGUUCAAACAAUAAUAGGAUAACAUGUCUUUGUUUCAAGAGCAUUGUGUGCUCCAUCGAACCGCCAAUUUCGCUUUUCAUUCGCCUAUGUAAAAAAAAAAAAACAUUUCACAUGUUUCAUGUAACAUUGAUAUAUUUAUCUCCUGUUUCAAUCCCAUUACUAUGCAAAAAGAUUUCGUGCUGGCUAGUGAUGAAUGAUACUCGGUCACUCCACCGACUGUUUAUGAUAUGAUGAACUGUGUGGCUAUGUCCCGUGCAAAAAUGUUUCAUACGUAAGUUUUUUCAUAGCGCGUUUUUGUGCCUAUUAAAAUAGGUCUGUUGUUAUGUAUACAUGUCCAAAGGCAAUACAUCGAUUUCUCCUUCAA